UGACUACUUCAAAUAACCCUCUUUAAAACUUCAUCCCUCACCCACGCCCACAGAGCUCUGUCUCCACCAUAGCCAUGGCGGCGUCUCUCUCGCACAUCCCAAGCUUCUUCUCUCCGACCAUCAACCCCUCCUCCACCAAUCGAAUCCGCACUCUAUUCUAUUUCAAACCCUCAAUAACCCAACCCCACAAAUCAUUCGCAAUCCUCUGCUCCCGCCGCCCGGACUACAUCCCCCACCACAUUUCAGACCCAAACUAUGUCCGCAUCUUCGAUACAACUCUCCGAGACGGAGAACAAUCCCCCGGCGCUACCAUGACCACCAAGGAAAAGCUCGAUAUUGCUCGUCAACUUGCCAAACUCGGCGUUGACAUUAUUGAAGCAGGAUUCCCUGCUUCCUCCGAAGCAGACCUAGAAGCCGUUAAGCUAAUUGCAAAGGAGGUCGGAAAUGUCGGCGCCGAAGAGGGUGGCCAUGUCCCUGUCAUUUGUGGCUUAGCGAGAUGCAAUAAGAAUGAUAUUGAUAAGUCAUGGGAGGCUGUUAAACAUGCUAAGUUCCCUCGGAUACAUACCUUCAUUGCAACGAGUGAGAUCCACAUGCAGUAUAAGCUAAAGAUGUCGAAAGAACAAGUGAUUGAAAAAGCCAGAAGUAUGGUCGCAUAUGCUAGAAGUUUGGGCUGUAAUGACGUUGAAUUUAGCCCUGAAGAUGCUGGAAGAUCAGAAAGAGAAUUUCUAUAUGAGAUAUUGGGUGAAGUUAUUAAAGCAGGAGCAACUACUCUCAACAUUCCUGAUACAGUGGGCUAUAACUGGCCUCGUGAAUUUGGGCAACUCAUCGCCGACAUAAAAGCAAACACCCCUGGAAUCGAGAAUGUCAUCAUUUCUACUCAUUGCCAGAAUGAUUUAGGGCUUUCAACUGCUAAUACUCUAGAGGGUGCUUAUUCAGGUGCAAGACAAUUAGAAGUAACAAUCAAUGGAAUUGGAGAAAGAGCUGGUAAUGCUUCAUUGGAAGAGGUUGUAAUGACUCUAAAAUGCAAAGGAGAGUUAUUGGGUGGUUUGUAUACUGGCAUUAACACAAGACAUAUUGUCAUGGCUAGCAAAAUGGUGGAAGAAUACAGUGGACUAAUGGUGCAACCACAUAAAGCUAUUGUUGGUGCUAAUGCUUUUGCUCAUGAGAGUGGAAUCCAUCAGGAUGGAAUGCUAAAGAACAGAAACACAUAUGAAAUCAUGUCUCCUGAAGAUAUUGGACUUUACAGAUCUAAUGAAUCUGGUCUUACACUUGGAAAACUCAGUGGACGCCAUGCUUUGAAAUCUAAACUUUUUGAGCUUGGUUAUGACAUUGAUGGAAAGGAACUUAAUGAUCUUUUUUGGCGAUUUAAAUCCGUAGCUGAAAUGAAAAAGGUUAUAACUGAUGAUGAUUUAGUAGCAUUGGUAUCAGAUGAAGUAUUCCAGCCCCAAAUUGUUUGGAAGUUUGGAGAUGUUCAGGUUACAUGUGGGACCCUUGGUCUAUCUACAGCAACAGUUAAGUUAAUAGACAGUGAAGGAAAAGAACACAUUGCUUGCUCAACUGGAACAGGACCUGUUGAUGCAGCUUAUAAAGCAGUUGAUCUCAUUGUCAAGGCGCCUGUGAAACUAUUGGAGUACUCAAUGUCAGCAGUUACAGCAGGAAUUGAUGCAAUUGCAAGCACACGUGUUGUAAUUAAUGAAGAAAACAAUCAGACAACAACUCAUUUAACUGGAGGAAAGAAUGCAAGAUCAUAUAGUGGAACAGGGGCAUCCAUGGAUAUUGUGAUUUCAAGUGUGAGAGCGUAUGUUGGAGCUCUUAACAAGAUGUUAGGGUUGAAAAUGCAAUCAAAAUGAAAGUACAAUUUUAUAUAAUUGGGGGUGUGUAAUGUUUUCUUGUAGUAAAAUUAGGGCUUUCAUUGGAGGAUUUUAUUAUUAUUUUUUUUAAUAAUUGUGACAUAAAUUUGAGAAUUUUGGAUUUGUUCAGUUCUGUUGUGUAUUGAUGCCACUGGUG